UCGGGAGGUGAGGCCCGGGGAGUGGCCAGGAGCGGGGACGUGCCCGGUACUGCCCAGUCUUUGUCUGCUGCCUCCGGAUGCACAGCGAUGGGGGAAUGGACCAUCUUGGAGAGGCUGCUGGAAGCCGCGGUGCAGCAGCACUCCACUAUGAUCGGGAGGAUCCUGUUGACUGUGGUGGUGAUCUUCCGCAUUCUCAUUGUGGCCAUUGUCGGGGAGACGGUGUACGAUGAUGAGCAGACCAUGUUUGUGUGCAACACCCUGCAGCCCGGCUGUAACCAGGCCUGCUAUGACCGCGCCUUCCCCAUCUCCCACAUACGUUACUGGGUCUUCCAGAUCAUAAUGGUGUGCACCCCCAGUCUCUGCUUCAUCACUUACUCUGUGCACCAGUCUGCCAAGCAGCGAGAACGCCGCUACUCUACUGUCUUCCUAGCCCUGGACAGAGAUCCCCCUGAGUCCAUGGGGAGCGCUGGAGGACCUGGAGGUGGGAGCAGUGGUGUUGGCAAACGAGAAGACAAGAAGUUGCAAAGUGCCAUUGUCAAUGGGGUGCUGCAGAACACAGAGAACACAAGCAAGGAGACGGAGCCAGAUUGUUUAGAGGUUAAGGAGCUGACUCCACACCCAUCGGGGUUGCGCACUGCAGCACGAUCCAAGCUCCGAAGGCAGGAAGGCAUCUCCCGCUUCUACAUUAUCCAAGUGGUGUUCCGAAAUGCCCUGGAGAUUGGGUUUCUGGUGGGCCAAUACUUUCUGUAUGGCUUCAGUGUCCCAGGGUUGUAUGAGUGUGACCGCUACCCCUGCAUCAAGGAGGUGGAAUGUUACGUGUCCCGGCCUACUGAGAAGACUGUCUUUCUAGUGUUCAUGUUUGCUGUGAGUGGCAUCUGUGUGGUGCUGAACCUGGCUGAACUCAACCACCUGGGCUGGCGCAAGAUCAAGCUGGCCGUGCGAGGGGCCCAGGCCAAGAGGAAGUCAGUCUAUGAGAUCCGCAACAAGGACCUGCCACGGGUCAGUGUUCCCAAUUUUGGCAGGACUCAGUCCAGCGACUCUGCCUAUGUGUGAAAGGGCAGGUUUUGGAAAGGCCUGGGGGAUGACAAG